GCUUCAUCCCCCACAGUAGAAAGAUUUUCUCUAUCUACUGAUCUCUAUUUUUUGGUCUGUCAAGUCGCAUCCGUGCGCGCUCGCUUGCCAACAUGGCUUCCCACAAGAUGCAAAACCUUAUUAACUACCGGAUGCGCGUAACAUUGAACGAUGGACGUCAAAUGACCGGUUCCAUGCUUGCAUUCGAUAAGCACAUGAACCUAGUUCUUGCAGACACAGAAGAAUUCCGUCGCAUCAAGCGGAAAUCCAAGCCCGCUGCCGGUUCCACAAACGCCCAGCUGGUCGAAGCGGAAGAGAAGCGAAGCCUCGGCCUGACAAUCGUGCGCGGUACUCAAGUCGUAUCUUGCUCUGUCGAAGGUCCUCCUCCUGCCGACCCCUCUGCCCGACUUGGAACUACCGGACCCGGCGCAGCUGCCACUCUUGCCGCGGGCCCUGGUAUCAGCAAGCCCGCUGGCCGCGGCCUACCUAUCGGACUCGGAGGCCCUGCAGCUGGUGUUGGUGGACCCCCACCCCCAGGCGGCUUUGGAUUCCCUCCUGGCGGUUUCCCAGGUGCCCCUCCCCCCGGCUUCGCUGGACGUGGAGGUCCCCCCGGUGGACCUCCGGGUUUUGCACCUCCUCCUGGAUUUGCUCCUCAGGGUGGCCCCCCUGCCGGUUUCCAGCCUCCUCCUGGCUUCCAGCCUCCCGGUCAGGGACGCGGAUACCCUCCUCCUGGAUUUGGUGGCAGGUAAUUGGAAAUGUGCACAGAGGAUUAUUCUAUGCUUUAAAUUAUCAGCGAUCUGAUUUCACCCCGAAAGGAACAAGGGCGGCUCAGCGCAGAAUAAGAACAAUUGUCAACGCCUCCAGCGAGAGAUAACGAUACGCGGACAGGCUAGAUUACCCCAACUUCUACUGGGCAAGGCGUUGCGGCGCAUGGAUGGAGGUCGUGUCGAGGAACAGGACAAAAAAGACCAAAAUCCUUUUGAAUUACGC